UGGCGGAGAGUGGGAGAAGACUCGCGCCAGUUUUCGCAGUACUCCUUGCUUAAGAGAAGCGCGUGGAUCCGGGCGAAGGAAAAGGGAGAUUAUAUAUUUAUUUAUAUAUAUAUAAUUAUUUUUUAAAGCAGUGAACGCGUUUAGGGCUGAUUUGUGCCACAUCCUGUGUGGAUUUUAAGUGCUCAGGUGUCUGAAUCUUGUUUUCGGUUAAAAAUGGCACCGAAGGACUACGCGUCGGAGAAAGAAAAAUGUAAGCGCUUCCUGCAGGAGUUCUACACUGAAGAUGACUCUGGGAAGAAGGUCUUUAAGUAUGGCUCUCAGCUGGUAUCCUUGGCUCACAGAGAGCAGGUGGCAUUGGUGGUGGAUCUGGACGACGUCGCAGAAGAGGAGCCGGAGUUGGUAGAGAGCAUUUGCGAGAAUACCAAGCGAUACAUCGGGUUGUUCUCUGAUUCUGUGUAUGAGUUGCUGCCCGAGUACAGAGAGCGCGAGGUGGUGGCUAAAGAUGCACUUGACGUUUACAUCGAGCAUCGCUUGAUGAUGGAGGGAAGAGGUCGGGACCCUGCAGACAUGCGUGAUCCCAAGAACCAAUACCCUGCUGAGCUUAUGAGAAGAUUCGAGCUGUAUUUUCGUCCUCCGUCCGCCGCCAAGCUAAAGGUCAUCAGGGAUGUUAAAGCGGAGUCCAUCGGAAAGCUCGUGACAGUUCGAGGCAUCGUUACCAGGGCAUCCGAGGUCAAACCCAUGAUGACCGUUGCCACCUAUACAUGUGACCAGUGUGGUGCGGAGACUUACCAACCGAUCGCAUCUCAGAGCUUCACGCCACUGAUCAUGUGUCCAAGUCAGGAGUGUGUGACCAAUAGAUCCGGAGGCCGUUUGUACCUUCAGACGCGGGGUUCAAAGUUUGUCAAGUUCCAGGAGCUGCGCAUCCAGGAGCAUAGCGAGCAGGUGCCCGUCGGGAAUAUUCCACGCAGCAUGACCGUGUCGGUGCGUGGCGAGAACACGCGUGCAGCUCAGCCUGGAGAUCACGUGACCAUCUCGGGAGUUUUUCUUCCUCUGCUGCGAACUGGAUUCAGACAGGCUGUACAGGGGCUGUUAUCAGAGACCUAUCUGGAGGCGCACUCGAUCACUCUGAUGAAUAAGACCGAGGAUGAUGAACUUGGGCUGGAGGAGCUUACAGAUGAUGAGCUCCGGCAGAUCACAGAGGAAGACUUCUACGAGAAACUGGCAGGUUCGAUUGCGCCAGAGAUCUACGGUCACGAGGACGUGAAGAAGGCGCUGCUGUUGCUGCUUGUAGGUGGAGUUGAGCAGAACCCACGUGGCAUGAAGAUCAGAGGUAAUAUUAACAUCUGUCUGAUGGGAGAUCCCGGAGUGGCCAAAUCUCAGCUGCUGUCAUAUAUCGAUCGCCUGGCACCACGCAGUCAGUACACCACUGGGCGUGGUUCCUCAGGUGUGGGCUUGACCGCAGCAGUAAUGCGUGAUCCUGUUACGGGGGAGAUGACGUUGGAGGGUGGAGCUCUAGUGUUGGCCGAUCUGGGCGUGUGCUGCAUCGACGAGUUCGAUAAGAUGGCUGAUGCGGAUCGAACCGCCAUUCACGAGGUUAUGGAGCAGCAGACCAUCUCCAUUGCCAAGGCAGGGAUAAUGACGUCUCUGAACGCGCGCUGCUCGAUCUUGGCAGCGGCGAAUCCUGCGUUUGGCCGCUACAACCCACGAAAAAGCAUCGAGCAAAACAUCCAGCUUCCGGCGGCACUCCUGUCACGUUUCGACCUCCUUUGGCUCAUCCAGGACAAACCAGACACCCAGAAAGACCUGCAGCUCGCACAGCACAUUACGCACGUCCACCAGCACUGCAAACAGCCCCCCAUGCACUAUACACCUAUCGACAUGAAGCUCAUGAGACGAUAUAUCGGCAAGUGUAAGAGUAAGCAGCCCGUUAUCCCCGAAGGCCUGAGGGAUUACAUCACGGCUGCGUAUGUUGAGAUGAGGAAGGAAGCACGAGUCAGCAAGGACACCACGUUUACCUCCGCUCGCACUUUACUGUCCAUUCUGCGCCUGUCCACAGCCUUGGCACGUCUACGUAUGGUGCAAGUGGUAGAGAAGGAGGACGUAAACGAAGCGAUGAGGUUGAUGGAGAUGAGCAAAGACUCGCUGCAGCCCGACAAAUCAACAACCACCAGGUCCCAGCGUCCUGCCGACGUGAUCUUUUCCCUGGUGCGCGAGUUGGUGUCCGAAGGCGGGAAGGUCCGGGCGGUGCGCAUGGCCGAUGCCGAACACCGCUGUGUGUCGCGCGGUUUCACUCCGGCCCAGUUUAACGCUGCACUUCAGGAGUACGAAGAGCUCAACGUGUGGCAGAUUAACAACACCCGCUCACGUAUCACCUUCGUCUGAUUCACACGCAUACGCUUCUUCAGUCACACGAUCCGUGUGUUCUCUUCUUAAUUGGCUGUGGCUUAUUAGCAUAUUGCUAUCGGACAUUUGUUAUAGCCUUCCUGUUCAUGAGCUAAUGUUGAGUUUGUUUUAUUCUGUACAUAUUUCUCCCUUAAUAAAGCUUUGCACAUAGAUCUGA